AUGAACCAACAAGAUCUGGACUGCGUUCUGGUGCCGGCCGGCCUCACCAUCAUGUUGGCUUACCAUCUAUGGCUUCUCCGCCACAUCGCUAAACACCCGACCGAGACUGUCAUCGGCAUCAACGCCAUCAACCGAGAUCUUGGCAUCAUGAUACAGAACUCGACUAAGAACGGAGUCCUGGCUAUCCAAACCCUAAGGAACAACAUAAUGGCGUCGACGCUGUUAGCCACCACAGCGAUCAUGCUCUGCUCGGUGAUCGUCUACCUAAUGACCAACAGCGGCGGGAAUGGAAGCUCAAGCAAGCACAGCGGACAGGACUUGGUGCUGGGCCACCGAAGCAAGCUGGGUCUCUCCGUCGAGCUGUUCUCCAUCUUAGUCUGCUUUGUGUUCGCCUUGCUUCUAAACAUCGAAGCCGUUCGGUACUACAGCCACGUUCGCAUCCUCAUCAACGUGCCUCUCCGGGGCCGGCGGUCACCGGCUCACCUCGAUACAGUCAUGAACAAGGGGAGCUAUUUCUGGUCUGGUGGACUCCACGCCUUCUACCUCUCCGCUGCUUGCUACUGGUGUGCUUCCUGUACCGAGGAGGAGAAAGAGAGUAGUGGUGGUGGCGGUGAGAGGAUGAUGGAAAGUGCGGUGAGAGGAUGAUGGACCAGAAUCGACCGGUUGGGUCCAGAUCUAAUCGGUCACAUGCAAUGUAGUAUUUUUAACGCUGACAACAUCGCAUUAUGCAUGCACUUUGGCAUAAGAGACAACCAAAUCUGCACUA